GGGUGGGUGGCCUAGACUUUGGCUUUUGGUGACCAAUCCUUUGUGGCAUAGUUAGGACGUAGGUCCUAGAUAUAUGUCAUCGUUUAACCAAAGAAGGAAGUAAAAUGCAACAAAUCGAGGGGAGGAAAUAUGAAUCGAGAAAGAAGGUAAUUUGUCAUGGGGGAGACCAAGGAGGCAUGCUGAGGUGAUAAAAAGAUGUUAUGGUAGCAUAGAUGGUUAACGUGGGUAUGCUGAACUUGGAGCUGAUACUUAGCUGGUUGAUUGGUGUGAUUGCGGCACAUAUGGUCGCCAAUGUUGCUUUACACACUCAGCUUUUGCUUUUGGGUAUGAGGCAGGGAUAAAUAACAGCAAAAUUGAUGGAAAUUUGGUUCCACCCAGUGCUCUAGUUAGGUUUGUCCAGAAGGGUCUUCAAUACAUGGAACUGGAAAUGAACCUCAGUUGUAGUGAUGUAGACAAGGAUGACAAUUUUGCACUUUUACAACCUUUGGAUCUCAUUACAAAGGAUAUUGAUGAGCUACAAAAGAUAAUCAAUGAGAAAAAAGAAAGUUUAUGGGAUCACAAGCAUAAAGAGAAGGACAAGGAUCAUGAGCAUGGUUGUGACAAUGUGCAUGAGAGUAAGAGGGAGAAUCAAAGAACAGAAAAAGGAGAGCAAGACAAAGAGAGGGCACAGAUUGACAGAGAACAAGCCAAGAGAAAGGAGAAGCCACAAGAUAUUCAAGCUGAUGUGAAAUUUCAUGAAGAUAAAUUUGGCAUCCAAAUUGAAGUAAAUGAAACUUCUGGAGGAGCUGCACCAAUGGAUAUAUCAAUGGAUACAGCCUCAUUACCUCGGGAAAUACCAUCCUCUGAUGUAACAGUUCUGGAGGGUCAUACCUCUGAGGUCUUUACUUGUGCAUGGAGUCCAGCAGGUUCACUUGUUGCUUCAGGGUCUGGAGAUGCUACGGCACGUAUUUGGCCAAUUGCUGAUGGGCCUUCUACCUCGAGUAGGCGUAAUGGACUUCUAAAUGUUGUGGUAUUAAAGCACUUUAGGGGCCGAACCAAUGAGAAUAUCAAGGAUGUGACAACACUUGAUUGGAAUUGGGAUGGGACACUUCUUGCUACGGGAUCUUAUGACGGACAGGCAAGAAUUUGGAGCAAAAAUGGAGAUUUGAGAAGUACUUUGAAUAAACAUAAAGGUCCAAUUUUCUCUCUGAAAUGGAAUAAGAAAGGAGAUUAUCUUCUUAGUGGCAGUAUUGACAAAACGGCUAUCGUCUGGGAUGCAAAGACAGGAGAGUGGAAGCAACAAUUUGAAUUCCACACAGCACCCACUCUUGAUGUUGACUGGAGAAAUAAUGUUUCCUUUGCCACAUGCUCCACCGAUAACAUGAUCUACGUCUGUAAGCUUGGGGAGAAUCGACCGAUUAGAUCUUUUUCAGGGCACAAGGGUGAAGUGAAUGCUAUUAAGUGGGAUCCAGAAGGCUCACUUUUGGCCUCCUGCUCCGAUGAUUGCACUGCAAAGGUAUGGAGUAUGAAGCAGAAUAUGUAUUUGCAUGAUUUAAGAGAACAUGCAAAGGAGAUAUACACCAUCAAAUGGAGUCCAACUGGACCAGGUUCCAGAAAUCCUAACCAGAAACCUAUUUUGGCAAGUGCUUCUUUUGACUCCACGAUAAAGCUAUGGGAUAUCGAAUUAGGAUCUCUUCUAUGCAGCUUGAAUGGUCACAGGGAUUGUGUGUACUCAGUGGCAUUCAGUCCUAAUGGAGAAUAUCUGGCAAGUGGUUCUUUAGAUAAGUGUGUGAACAUAUGGUCAGUGAAGGAAGGCAGAAUAAUCAAGACUUACACGGGACACGGAGGCAUUUUUGAAGUUUGUUGGAACACAGAAGGUGAUAAAGUAGCUGCUUGUUUUGCGAACAAUGUGGUCUGCAUUGACGUUCGGAUGUAAAUAAUGAAGCUUUUACUUCCAAUUGCUGGUUUGAUUUCCGCUAAUAGAUUAAGAGAUCGGCGACAGAUUUUGUUUAUCGUGACGAGUAAGAAAAUUUUACGGCAAUGUAUCAUUGUAAUAUGAGAUGUUGUGUUUGUGCUGUGGAUUUCUCUAGGGAUUGUGAUCAUAUAACAUGAUCAGGAACUCAUUCAACUCAUCUAAGUGGUGUUGCAGCUUGCAACUCUUCUAACAUGACGGGGAACUCAUUACAACUCAUCUAAUUGUAAUUCUUGGUUUCAGUAAUAAUUGAUUGUCAAUUCGAUAACUUGAUUUCAGUAUAAUGGAUUUGAUUACUUAUUUGCUCCC